AUGUCAGGUCCCAAGAGGUAUCACGACGUCAUCGACCUCACAGACGAUGUGGACGAAGGCAGUGGUAGAGACGAAACCUUCUCGGGAGGGCCACCACGCAAGAGACAUGCUCCGUCGUCACACCCCUCGCAGAGCUCUCCAAGUCGAGGACACAUAGCUUCAUCCCAGUCGAGCUCGAGUCAAAGACAUAACGCCACUUCUGCGUCUCAGUCAUCGUGGAGUCCACGGGUGCCUCCACAUCGGGGCCCCCAGAACGGGAGGGUCUAUCCAUCAUCGUCUCAGCCCAUCGCGGAUGACGUCGAGGUCAUUGACCUCACGCAGUCCAAUGAUGAACCGUCAAUGGAGUUUUACGGAUCAUUGCCUACCAAGGUUGUUGGCGUUCGAUAUUAUGCUGGCAACGCCUCGGCGGGAGAGAUCGUGCUGUGCAAACCGAGAACCUCACAAUCAGUGACCAAUGUUUUGGGAGACCAGAUUGGACACAUACCGCGCAACGUGGCUGCCAAACUCGCACCUUACCUGGAUCGAGGCGAGAUAUUGCUAGAGUGUCAACUGAGCGGCGAAAUGAAUUUCUACGAUUGUCCCAUCCGCCUGAGGGUCUACGGUUCAAGUGAUCGCGCCGCGCGCAGAGCCCUGGAAGACCGCCUUAAGAAAGACAGGAUUUUCAAGGCCGCCGAGCUCAGCUCGAGUAGGACCGAGGCCGAGACGAGACGUGAAGAGGAGGCUCGCGGCGUAGAAUUUCGCGGAGUCGGAACAGAGACGAACGCGCACUUCAAAGCAAGGGCUGAUGCUGCCGAGCUGGGUAUGCAGCAGGCUCGCAACGCGACGAAGUAUGAACCGCCCGAGGGUGUAACCAUAGUGGAUCUCGUGGCAACGAGCGAGACAAUCGAUGUACGUAAGGGUGCGGAUGCCAUCAAAACCAUGACCGAAGAGCAAAUGGCUGCCAUGCCCAUGGCGGACGAGCCGGCCUUUUUGGUGUCGAAACUGCUUCCGUAUCAGCUGCAAGGCCUGCACUGGAUGCUUGCCAAAGAAGACCCCCAGCUCCCGAAGAAGGAUUCCUCCGAUUCAGUCCAGCUGUGGAGAUGGCAACAGAACAAGCGCGGCAUGGUCAAUAUCGCGACGAAAUUUUCCGUCGCUGGUGAGGCAAAACUGCUAUCAGGCGGGAUUCUUGCCGAUGACAUGGGUCUCGGAAAGACAUUGCAGGUGAUCAGCUUGGUCCUCUCAGGCACAGGCAGCGGCCCGACAUUGAUCGUGGCGCCCGUGAGUGUCAUGAGCAACUGGCAACAGCAAUUCGAUGCACACGUUCGCAAGGAUAAGGCACCGAAAAUCCACAUCCACCACGGCUCUGCGGCCUCUGAAGAGUUGUCCGAGUACGACGUCGUCAUAACAAGCUACGGGAAGCUAGCCAAGGAGCGUCUGGAGAAGACGGAUUCUGCUCGUGGACCGUUGAUGAGUGUUGACUGGAGGCGAGUCGUGCUCGACGAGGGUCAUACCAUCCGCAAUGCGAAGACUCAGGCAGCCCGGGCGGCCUGCCAACUCAGGGCCGCGUCUCGGUGGGUGCUCACCGGCACGCCAAUUGUCAACAAUCUCCAGGACCUCCAAUCAAUGCUGGCGUUCCUCCAUAUGACGGGCGGCGUCGAGCAGCCAACCAUUUUCAACACGGUCAUUACGCGACCCCUGACCUGGGGGCACAAAAGAGCGGAAGCCCUUCUCCAAAGCAUUAUGUACGAUUUGUGCCUUCGCCGUAGGAAGGACAUGGCUUUUGUCGACCUUAAACUCCCGCUCAAGACAGAGUAUGUCCAUCGAAUCACGUUCAGGAGGGACGAGAACGAAAAGUACAAGGUGCUGCUGCAAGAGGCGCAGGGCGUCCUCCAAGAAUACCAGCGUAAGGCCAGGACGGGCCGCGUACAAUUUCAGAGCGUCCUUGAGAAGCUGCUGCGCCUGCGGCAGACAUGCAAUCAUUGGACGCUCUGUCGUGCUCGCAUAGACGACUUGCUCAAGGUCCUCGAGGGCCAAGACGUCGUGAUCCUCAACGACAAGAACAAGGCGCUCUUGCAGCAGGCGCUGCGGCUGUUCAUCGAGACGCAGGAGGACUGCCCCGUCUGCUUUGACACGCUCAGCGAGCCCGUCAUUACGCACUGCAAGCAUGUCUACUGCCGGAGGUGCAUCACCAAGGUUGUUGAGCUGCAGAGGAAGUGCCCCAUGUGCCGGCAGACGUUGGGCAUGGAAAACCUACUUGAGCCGGCCCCCGAGGAAGGGCAGGACGAUGACGCCAAUGCGUUCGACGGCGAUUUCAAGAGCUCCAAGACGGAGGCACUGCUGAAGAUUGUUCAGGCGACGUGCAAGGACCCACAGUCCAAGGUUGUCAUCUUCUCGCAGUGGACGUCGUUCCUCAACAUCAUCCAGACGCAGAUCGAGGAGGCGGGGCUCAAGUGGACGCGCAUCGACGGCAGCAUGAAGCCCGACAAACGCGAUGCCGCCAUCGCGGCGCUCGUCGGCCUCAACCUCGUCGCGGCCGACACGGUCAUUCUGGCGGACAGCUGGUGGGCGCCGGCCAUCGAGGAUCAGGCCGUCGAUCGCGUGCACCGGCUGGGUCAGAAGCGGCCGACGACAGUGUGGCGCCUUGUCAUGGAGAACACAAUCGAAGAGCAGGUGCUGGAGAUUCAGGCGGCGAAGCGGCAGCUUAUCAGUAAGGCUUUCCAGGAGAAGAGCAAGGAGGAGAAAACGAAGGAGACGCGUAUGGCGGACAUUGUCAAGCUAUUGGGAUCGCCUGCCUAA